AAAGCGUUGCAGGAGCUCAAAGCCCUUGUUAGAACAGGAAUCCUCAGUCACUUCGGCUGCAGCACUGCUAUUGCUGCGUCUGGGCGCCCUGAUCCUUUGCACAGCUGCAGAGAGGCAGUGCAAUGAUUGAACUGGGCUCAGUGGAGGAGGGCAGCAGUCUGAUAGACGAGCUGAUGGAGUUGACAUCUCAGAGCUUAUGUCAGCUCGAGAUUAAAGAACAUUUCAACAUCAUUAAAGAAAUUGGCCGUGGCAAGUAUGGCCAUGUGCUGCUGGUCACCCACCGCUGUAAAGGGACUCCAAUGGCUCUCAAAGUGCUGCCCAAAGCCUCGACCAAACUGCAGGGCUUCCUGAGAGAAUACUGCAUCUCCUUGCACCUGUCUUGCCACCCCUGCAUCGUGGGCUUGUUUGGAAUCGCCUUCCAGUCCAACGAGCACUACGGAUUCGCCCAGGAGCUCGUCACAGGACGGGACCUGUUCGCCAUCAUCCAGCCACGGGUGGGCAUCCCUGAAUGCGCAGUGAAGCGCUGUGCCGUUCAGAUCUCUUGUGCUCUAGAGUUCAUCCACCAGCGUGGCCUGGUCCACCGGGACAUCAAGCCUGAGAACAUACUGCUCCUGGACACACACUGCCGGCGGGUCAAACUGGCCGACUUCGGCCUCACCCAGAGACAAGGAACCUUCAUCCGCUUCAUAUCAGGCACGCUGCCGUAUAUGGCUCCAGAGCUGUGCGCCAUGGUCUUAGAGGAAGGUCAGAAGGAGGUGAAAGCCCCUCCGCUCAGAGUGGAGCCCACUUUAGACACCUGGGCCUUUGCUGUUCUUCUAUUCUGUAUCCUCACGGGCUUCUUCCCUUGGGAGCGCUGCAACGACAGCGACGAUUUCUACGAGGAGUUUGCAGACUGGCGCCGAGCGCCGGGAAAGACCCCCGUGCCGUCUCAGUGGAAAAGGUUCACACCCAUGUGUAUGCAGAUGUUCAGGAGGAUGUUAGCGCUGGAUGCCAGUGAGAGGUGCUCCAUAGGGGAGGUCAAAGGUUAUGUGGGUAAAGACUGGGUACGAGCGAAGGAUGCCAACGGAUGGGUGGGAGAAAACGGGGAGGUCAGCACGUCCACGCCGAGCCCUUGCAGAAGCAGCCACAGUGAUGAACAGUGAUGGUGUUAUGUGACAAAUUAGCAAUCAGAAUGCGGUGCUAAUUGCAAUGCAGACAGAUGAUUGGUGGGCUGAAUUGACAUCAUUAGAGGUGUUGAUAUAGAUAUUGCUUCUCCGAA